GAGAAAGAAAGAAAGAGAGAGAGUGGGAGGGAGAGAGAGAACGAGACAGGAAAAAGAGGGGAGUGAACAGUUCGUACCAGGGUUGGGAACAAUUCUGCAAAACCUACUGUGACUUUACAUUGUAUCAGCAAACCGGCUGUCGUAUCUUUGUGGUUGCGUUGGGAAAUUGGCAAGUGUGGAUUUUCUCAGUGUUCAGUUCAGCAGCUCAGAUGGGGGCGGGAAACGCUUGCCAGAUGAAGGCUCAAAUAUUUGUGGAUUGACCGGGGCUGUAAGAUCCGUAUAAAAGAUCAUGGCAGGUUUUUACAACUGUCUGAAGACGAACAAGAGCUGCAUCGCGAUGACCCCGUCGGAGGAGCAACCAACAGAGACGUUGGAUGGCGAGGAAGCGGCGGCCGACGCAUCUUCAGGGAAGAAAAAAUCCAAAUUCCAGACCUUCAAGGACUUCUUCGCCAAGAAAAAGAAGAGCAAAGAUCUCCCGUCCUCCCCGGAAGAGACGAAGCGAAAGCCGAGCCAGGACAACAGCGAUGGCGGCUCUCCUCCUCUGGACUCCAUCUUGCUCCAUUCGCCUGGGGAAACCGAGUUCAAUGGAAGUACGGGAAACCAAGCUUUGCUGCAGGACGAUGAAUUUCCUUCCGAAGCGUUACAUGAUGUGGUUGGGGAUGCAUCCUUGCAGGAGAAUUUCCCUGGGAAGGUGAAAAAUUUUGAGCAAAAUUUCUGCCUCGAGUCUCCGCUUGUAAUUAGCUCCGGCGAAAGGAUGGAUGAUCUAAACGCUGUUUCAGAAGAUGAUGGUUUGCCCAGUAGCCUUCUAGACAUCUCUACCAUCCAUGAUGUUCUGGCAUCUUCUAUAACUCAGCCUUCCAGCCCUAUUCAGCUCUGCAGCUCUUUGAGUUCAGAUGAGACAGACGGCGAAGACAAUCAGGUAAAUAUCAGUCAGGUCGCUUCGGGGUCUCCUUCCAAGCAUCACUGCUCAGUUCCUCCGGGGAGUCCUGUCUCGCCCCAUGGACAGAGGAUUCCGGUUGAUUUCAACACUCCGGCUUCUCCUCUUGCCUGCCUGGAUACCUCAGCGGCCAGGCACAGGAUUGCGAUGAACCCACGGAAGCAGAAAGGGUUCGCAAGAAGACUCACCAUUCUCUUGUGGAGCAGAUGUUGGAGAAGCAGCAACUUCUGGUGCCUGAUGAGGAUAAAAGAAGCCCCUCCAAAAUCCUCGAAGAAGCCACUGGCCAGAGGAAAGCGUGGGAAGGGACUCCAGAGUAAUGAUGCGUUUGACCCCACCCUCGUGCUCAGGUUGGUCAUCUACAACAACCAGUACAUGGUACAUAUUUCUGGAGGCAACCGAGAACUUCCUUGCUUGUUGAGCCACCCUGUGGUGAAUGUCAAUGAAGAUGGGACUGACCCUGCAUCACCUGGGACCAGAAUCUCUGAAGCUUUGCCUUCUUCUUGCACCACUAAUCUCUGGGAAGAUGGAAUGUCUGUCUUGAUAUCAGAUGCCCAGAACUUGCUGGAGACUCAGCUCCAAUUGAGCUCCACCAAGCCCUCUCCAAAUGUACCAUCCUCUCUCAUCAAAGAUGGAGAAAGAGAGAAUAUGGACAAUGAGGAGAAGAAAGGAACUUGUGAUCAAAAAGCACAGAGUGGUCCAGAAGUCACAGAGAACUCCGAAUCUUUCCACUUGAAGACCAAAGCCAUUGGACUCCAUAGUGCAUCACCUUCUGCUUUGCCAAAGAGUAAAGUAGAGAAAGAACUUGGAGCAGAAGAUAACCAAAUAGCUCGCUCGCAACGAACAGAUGCCCGAGCAAAUGUUUCUAAACCUGCCAGGAACCGACAGAGAGCAUGUGAUAGAGCUGUCUGUGGAGACAAUUCUCCUUCUCUGGAAGCAGAUCCCGUGUUGGGUGUUCCACAGCUUUCUUUGUCUGCUCUGAAGGUCUCCUCAGAUGCACCAAAGGACUUAACGCACAAGAACAGGCAUGCUGUCGAUAAAAAUGGAAGAGGGCCUUCAGAUAUGGAACUUCAGCCUUCUCAAGGCCCUGGGAAGCCGACGGAUUCUUUGCAGGGCACAUUGUUGGAGGUUGAUCCCGAUAGACCUGUGCUUCUGAAUGCAGCGGGUAAGAAACCAUGCCUCCUACCUGCGGACAGCACCGUUCAAGAGUUGGGUAGUCUUUCUUCUGGAAGACCAUCCACUGUGGGAUCUACCGAGGUGGCUUCCAAAACUCGCCCUCCUGUCAGCGCUUCUGGAGCUCAGCUGGGAAACGUCAUCACCGAGGAAGAAAGCAAAGCUACGGAGAUGGUCAAGACCCAGACAAAGCCACCUUCUGCAAAGCCUGUGAGAUUCACCAUCGCUCCAGCCUGGCAGAGGUCUCUCUCAGGAGGUUCAAGCUCGGUCGACAAUUCCUGCCCUCGAAAUUCUCCAACAUCUCCCAUAAAACCAGAAUUGUUUGAAGGAACUUCUCCACUAGAUGCAGCCUCACACAUAUUAAACACUCCUGAAAGAUCUGACAAGGCUAAUAGAAACAUGGGGGUCCCCUUGAAUUCUUCCGGUGAGGAAGUCCAAAACUCUGAAAGUCCCUUUGGAGUGAAAUUAAGGAGAACUUCUUCUUUGCUAAAGUACCAAACAGAACAUCACUGGGACACCCCCAAGGUGGUGCCAUUGGCAGUUCCUUCACCGUCCUCUGUAAAAACGGAAACCAAGGCACCAAAUUCUGGAACCAACCUUCAAAACCUUACUACCGGUGUUAAGGGUUUGGUUGCAAACUCCGGCAUCCAAGAGAAAAAUCUGCAGAAGACCAAAGCUGGAGAAGGAGGCACCAAGCCACAAGCAAGCAAACCUUCAGAACAAACCCCUGGAGUGAUUUCGGGAAGCGCCUCCGUUCAGCCGACUUGGGUCUCGGUGGUGAAACAGAAGCAGCAAGGAUUCCAGGACGACGGGGCGGCCAAGGGACAGAAAAAGAGAGAGGACGCGACAGCCAAAACGGGAAAAGAGGAUGCCAAGGUUAUAAGUGCAUCUCACCUGGAAAAGAAAACUGGCCCUAACCAAAAUGUGUGUCUAUUGGAGAGUAAAGUACCGUUGAAGUCAGCGCCAUUGGCUGCCAAAGAAGGACGUGCCAGAAUCCUCCCCCAGGAAGGUCCUCGGGUGGAAAAGGACACCAGAUUACCACCAAUCCUUCCCGUGGCCUCCUGCAGCUCCACCGAACCUCCGUGGCUGUCUCUGGCUAAGAAGAAGGCCAAAGCAUGGAGCGAAAUGCCUCAAACCGUUCAAUAGCCGAUGGAAAACACACACACACCAAUCUUCUCACAAUCUGCUGCCGGUAGCAGUGUUAGUAGCUGAAAGUUGUCCGCGGACAUGUUUGUCUGAGAAACGGGAAAAUUGGUUCCAGCAGGAAACACGAUCACGUUUUACACUUUGAAUUCCUAAAAGAAUUUGGCAUUUCUGCCAAAAUCUGUGAUUUGGCCCGAGGUCUGAGGUCAUUUCCCUGCUUGCUGUCCGCCGGGGGCCACAAUCCAGGGGUGAAAUCCAGCAGGUUCUGACAGGUUCUAGAGAACCAGUAGCAGAAAUUUUGAGCAGUUUGGAGAACCAGCAAAUACCACCUCUGGCUGGCCCCAGAGUCGGGGGAGAAUGGAGAUUUUGCAGUAUUCUUCCCCCAGGAAUGGGAAGGGAAUGGGGAUUUUGCAGUAUCCUUCCCCUGGAGUGGGGAGGGAAUAGGGAUUUUGCAGUAUCAUGCCCAUCAAGCCAUGCCCACCAAGCCACACCACGCCCACCAAGCCACGCCCAAAGAACCUGUAAUAAAAAAAAUUGAAUUCCACCACUGGCUGGGGGGGAUCCACUGUCUCCAGUGAAGGAAGGAGAGUCCAGGAAGAGCGCCAAACCUGUUCUGUCCCCAACCACACGCACACACACCAACAGACGUUCAAGAGUUAAAGGGCAAACCAGCUGGCAAAAUCCUUUUCCUCUGUUGCGCGUGCUUAUCUCUGCGACGCUGGCGUGGAUCCAGCCAAGACUCAUUACCCUCAUCACUGUCCAUCUACGGCUGCGUGGACGUGCUUGGCCCUGGCCCUAUCUCUUGCCCUUCAGCGGACACCGAAGGCAUUGCCAGAGAGGAGGGUCCUGGAGAGGGGGGCCUUGCCAACUCCUCUUCUUCACUCUCGGAGUCCUCUCCUGCCGAUGACACAGGCUCAGGUAAUGGAGCCACAACAAAACUCUCAUCCUUCGCUGUACCUCUCAGGCCACGUGGAGAACUCCUGGAUGGUGGCUCAAGGCUGUCCAGAGCCUUAGGCAGCGGACGGCAAAUAAGUUUGUUUUGCUAGCCCUCUGCCAAUGAAAAUGGGAGCUCGGGAGGGGCGCAAACUCCAUUUUCGGCUGCGACGGCGGCUUUCUGCAGCACUCUGCCACACAGCCGCCACCAGGUUGUAGAUCAGCGCCCAGUCGGCCUGGGCCAGGCUGAGGCACUGUGGGCCGGCCUUUUGCUGUUCCAGGGGAGCCCCGAGGGCCAGAUUUAAGCACUCUGUGGGCCGGAUCUGCCCCCCCUCUGGCAGUGGUGGGUUGCUCCCGGUUCGGUCCGGUUCUUGCGAACCGGUAGUAAUGGCGGCGGGAAGCUCCGCCCAGCCACCCGAGUGUCAUCAUGAACAAUUUGCAUAUGCAGAAGCCACCCCUGGCUCCCCGUGCCUCGAGUUUGAUACCCCUGAUCUAGGCCAAUUCUUCUCAGACUUGACCACUUGAAGAUGGAUGGGCUUCAACUCCCAGAGUUGGCUGGCUUGAAGUGCACCCAUCUUCAGGUUGGCAAACCCUGACAACUAUGAAUCCUGGCUUGUAGUUCUCCAAUGGUGAAGAUACUUACCUCUGUUCUCUGCCCACGUCAAUAGACUGUCUUAUUGUAGUGGAUAUUUUUGUUUUUUGUUUUUGAAGCUACCAGAUCAAGAAAUCCGUCCUGCAAUUAACUCUUCGCUCUCGGAAUUAACCUAUUUCAAUCCUACCCCCCCGACCGCUUGCCCUAACUUCCCAACUCUAGAGGGACAUCUCUUUUGCUCUCUGCACAAGCGAUCAGAAAAGCAAUACGUCUUUUAUAUUUUUCUCGUCUUGUUACGGUUAGGAUUUUUUUUUUUAAAAAAAAUGUCAAUAAAUAGCUUUUAAAUACAA